AAGAGACGCUGAAACCAGAAGCGCAGAAAGGUGAAAGGUGGGGUGCUGUUUUGUUUUGGCGAUACUAAAAUCACAGAGCACACACAGCAUAUACAUCACAGAGGAAGAUGCCCGAGAGGGGAAGACAUGACCAAAGGAGUGACGCCUAUGCAGAGCAUAGGAGCAGGGACCGCCACUAUCCCCCCAGUGCAGACCACUCUCUGUAUGAGGGCCAAGGCUGGAACCAAAGGCCGAGAGAGAUGGAGGACAGAGGCUCUGCUGGUGACAGGAGGGCCAAAGAAAACAGACAGAGGGUUAUGACAACCGCCUCUCACAGGUCCAACGAUGCCUCAGUUUAUCACUCUGAAAGGGAGUAUUAUGAAGAGCACAGACCAGCUCUCUACAAUCUCAGAUACAUCCUCACAGCGAGAGGUCUUUGUCAGCUCAUGGAGCUGUUUCUGAAUCUGCUCAUUGUGAUCUGCGCCGGAGUGCCGUACAGUAACGACGGGGGCUACCGCGACCUGGCCAGCCUCGGUGGAAUCUACCAUUACCACUUUGGAGGAGCGGGGGCCUUCACAGGAGCCGACGCCGAGCGCGUCAAGAGGCUGGACCGAGAAUUCCAUCAGCUCAAACGGCCACCGUACGUCUUCACCAUGGCCUUCGGUGGAGUUUUAAUGAUCUAUGCCUGUGCCAUGCUUGGUCUGGGGAUUUUCAGAGUCCCUUACCGUUACCCCCCAACGCUGCUGGUGGAGGCUCUGCUGAAUCUUCUGAUUGGCCUCGGUUAUAUUCCAGCACUGGCCUUCUACCUGAUUAAACUGCAGGAAACUUAUGACAGUCCCAUCUGUAAGGAGCGGGAGCAGAUGUACAAAAGCAAAGGGCACAAGGGCUUUGGGUGCCAGUACCACGGAGCAGACAUCGCUGGAGCUCUUUUUGCAGUGCUGGGGGUCUUUGUUUUCAUCUUUGGUGCAGUUUUAGCAGUCAGAGCUUUCAGGUCGGUGCGAGAGCUUAAAAAGCAAAGGACAAAUGAGGAUAAUUUUUAAGAAGGUUUUACUCUUAUCUUAACAUACUGUAUUUGUCCAAAAAGUGGACCAAGAACAAUUAUGAAGUUCUUAUAAUCCACUUUUUAUGCUUUGAUAUUUUAUCAUUGAGUAGCUCACACACUUGUUUACGGUCUGUUACAUUAACUAUGAUUCUGAAGUUACUGACAUGGGACAUUGUUUUAAUGACCUAUUUUUCAGAAUAUUUAGGUAGAAAAUUAGGUAGAGAAGUAUUUGGAGUAACAGAAAAGCAGACAGAGAGCAUCUGUUUUCAAAAAAGUCAUGAAACAGAUUGAAGUCUCGGCCGAUUCCUGUCACUCUUGAAAUGAGGCUUUACAUGUUACUGCCACGCAAACAAAGGCCGGCUGACAAAUUUACAAAUAAAAAGUAACUUUCUUCAUAACUACAGUACAAAAUGUGAAGCUUCCAUGUAUUAUACAUCGUUUACACAUCAACUGAAAUAUUUUUCUCUUCUCCUAUAUUUUCAUUCUAAAACCAGAACCAUGAAAAUUAAAAAUGCAGUAUCAAAAAAUGUAGCUUUAAAUGAGAUUUUUUUUUUAACUAGAGGCCAUAUUAUUCUCAAUCAAACAUCUCAUAAUGCAUCAAACUUUUCAACUUCUAUGUUGUGAGUACAGACAUGGCUGACAAAGCAAAACGUUUUUUUGUGAUUUUACUUUUUCUAGCUUGUGAUUCAAAUGUUUAUUAUCUGAAUGUUAUUCUGAUCUUGCCUCUGUGUGAGUGAAAUGCAAUGUGAUAAUAAUGUAGGCAGCUUUAUCGAUAUGAGAGACUUCAUGACACUAAACACCUGGAGCUCUAAAAGUAAAUGUUCACUUAACACUGGAAGUCUUUUGCUCUGUGUUAGAGGAAGGAGUCCUGCUUUUUUGUUUGUUCUUUUGUAUGUACACUGUAGCAAUAUCUUCUGGAAACAAAUUUUAUUAUGAAUCUGAUGAACUGGAUUUCCAUUUCUAAAUAAAGCUCGGACUCUGU